GCCACGCUGUCGUUAUCGGUAGUCAGAGCAGGUUGAGAAACCAUUAUAAAAUAAAUAGCAAAAAUUCAAGUGAAACGAUGCGAAAAACAUAAUCGCAAACAAAAAAUUGUAGAAAAUUAAUGCAAAACGACGCGUAAACGACAACUAAAAAUUGCAAUUGUUAAUUGAAACAUAGUGUAAACGAAAAAGAAAAUUGCGCAGCAUAAAAUUCCCAGCUUCAGGAAAAGAGCCAUAAAAAAUCGAUUCUCCAACGAAGUCACAGUCAGUCAUACGGGCCCAAGCACAAGCAAGAAAGAGAGUGACUUUUCGCGCGGGCGUCGGUGGAGCGCGCCUUCCUCCUCCCCCCCCAUACAACAGUGCUUACAGUUUUAGAUAUAUUUAUUUUCAUUUUUUUUUGCCAAAAGUCCACCUAAAACUGUACGUGUAUAUGUGUGUGUAAUUGUUGUUUUGUUUGCGAAAGCAACGCAACUAAAAUCGGGCAGGACAACAACUAUAAUUAUAAUUAGGCAAACAAUAAAUGUAAUUUUUGGGCAAAUAUAUGUGACAACUCUGUGCAAAUAAAGAAGAUUCCAACACAAAUUGAGCGACAAUAACAACGAACCGAAAAUAAAGAGACCUGUGUGUACAGUACAUACACAAAUACAAACACAAACACAUGCAUACGCUAUGCACCUACAUGUGUGUAUGUGUGUGAGAGUGUGUAAUGAAUAACGAAAGUCAAGAAUGAAAUGGAAAUAUUUGCCUCGCAAUCGCAGACCGCCCCACAUGACGUAUUACUUGGAGCGUUAGAGCAACUGUUAUUCGUGUGCGUGGCGCUAAUUGAAUCGUUCACUCAAUUCGGCGGAACAACAAAAACAAGAACAGCAAAAAUACUAAUACUAAUACAACAAUACACAAGUUUGAGUCGCGAGUCCCUGUUUUAGUGACUCACCUGCCCCAAAAAAGACGAUUGCGUGCUACUGUGCCACACAUAAUUCUCGGCGGGUUCACAAGCUAACGAAAUCAACAACAGCAACAACAACAACACCAACUGGAUUAUCAAACAACAACAGCAACAAUAACGAAUACCGUCCCAGUCAUAUCCCCUUUUUUAGUGUGUGUGUGAGUUGGGUGCAUGAAUCAGACGCACCCACACACCUAUCCACGCACUAACACACACUAAUAAAUAUACGCAUAGGCGUCUGAAGCGUUGAAGUAAAAGUGAGAGCAGCAACAGCGAAGCUUCAAGGCCUUCCACGAUGUCAAGUGAUAAGAUCAAAGUUGCUGUGAGGGUGCGACCCUUUAAUCGCCGUGAAAUCGAAUUGGGUACAAAAUGCAUCGUCGAAAUGGACAAACAGCAAACAAUACUCCAAAAUCCGCCAACGCUGGAGAAAAUGGAAAGAAAACAGCCAAAGACAUUUGCAUUCGAUCAUUGCUUCUACUCACUGAACCCAGAAGAUGACAGCUUUGCGUCACAGGAGACGGUUUUCGAUUGCGUGGGACGUGAUAUACUGGAUAAUGCAUUUCAGGGUUAUAAUGCAUGCAUAUUCGCCUACGGCCAGACAGGUUCUGGCAAAUCGUAUACGAUGAUGGGCUCACAGGAGAGCAAGGGCAUUAUACCGCGACUCUGUGACAAACUGUUCUCGGCGAUAGCGAACAAAUCUACACCAGAGCUGAUGUACAAAGUUGAGGUGUCCUACAUGGAGAUUUACAAUGAGAAAGUGCACGAUCUGCUCGAUCCGAAGCCAAACAAACAGUCGCUAAAGGUGCGCGAACACAAUGUGCUUGGCCCAUAUGUCGAUGGAUUAUCCCAGCUGGCAGUCACAUCGUAUCAGGACAUUGAUAACCUCAUGACCGAGGGCAACAAGUCGCGUACUGUGGCCGCCACCAACAUGAAUGCCGAAUCUUCGCGCUCCCAUGCCGUCUUCUCGGUGGUGCUAACCCAGAUACUCACCGAUCAAGCAACUGGAGUUAGUGGCGAGAAGGUCUCUCGCAUGUCCCUCGUCGAUUUGGCUGGUUCCGAGCGUGCUGUUAAAACAGGCGCUGUUGGUGAUCGCCUCAAAGAAGGCUCCAAUAUUAAUAAAUCGCUGACUACUUUGGGUCUGGUCAUCUCCAAGCUGGCCGAUCAAUCGAAUGGCAAAAAGGGUGCCAACGAUAAGUUUGUGCCGUAUCGUGAUUCAGUGCUGACCUGGCUGCUAAAAGACAAUCUCGGCGGCAACUCCAAGACAGUAAUGGUAGCCACCAUUUCUCCCUCGGCGGACAACUACGAGGAGACGCUAUCCACGCUACGCUAUGCGGAUCGUGCCAAGCGCAUUGUCAAUCAUGCCGUUGUCAAUGAGGAUCCCAAUGCUCGCAUCAUUCGCGAACUGCGUCACGAGGUGGAAACGCUGCGCAGCAUGUUGAAGCAUGCCACCGGAUCGCCAGUGGGUGAUGUGCAGGAUAAACUCGCUGAGAGCGAGAAUCUGAUGAAGCAAAUCUCGCAAACCUGGGAGGAGAAGCUGGUCAAGACCGAACGCAUUCAAAACGAGCGACAGCAGGCACUGGAGCAGAUGGGCAUCAGCGUACAGGCCUCAGGCAUUAAGGUGGAGAAGAACAAGUACUACUUGGUCAAUUUAAAUGCAGAUCCGUCCCUCAACGAGCUGUUGGUCUACUACCUAAAGGAACGCACGUUGAUUGGCGGCCGCAGCAUUAGUGGACAGCAACCGGAUAUUCAGCUAUCAGGUCUUGGCAUACAGCCGGAGCAUUGUGUCAUCACCAUCGAGGACAGCGGACUAUUUAUGGAACCCGUUCAGGGUGCACGUUGCUUUGUCAAUGGUUCGGCGGCAUCGGAGAAGACACCGCUGCAGAACGGUGAUCGUAUUCUGUGGGGUAAUCAUCACUUUUUCCGAGUCAACUCGCCCCGGGUGGGCAACAAUGCCAGCAUGUGUGCUUCAGAACCCCAGACACCCGCACAACUCAUCGACUACAACUUUGCACGCGAUGAGAUCAUGCAGAAUGAGCUUAGCAACGAUCCCAUACAGACAGCGAUUGCUCGCCUUGAGCGUCAGCACGAGGAGGACAAGCAGGUAGCGCUAGAGAAACAGAGACAAGAGUAUGAGCGACAGUUCCAGCAGCUGCGCAACAUUCUUUCGCCAAGCACACCCUACGCUCCAUAUGCACCCUACGAUCCCCUGCGUAUGGGCAAAGUGACGCCUAAUACGCCUACCUCGCAAAUGCGCGUAGAGAAAUGGGCACAGGAACGUGAUGAAAUGUUCAGACGUUCGCUGGGACAGCUUAAGACGGACAUUAUGCGAGCCAAUUCGCUGGUGCAGGAGGCAAACUUUCUGGCCGAGGAAAUGGAGAAGAAAACCAAGUUCUCGGUAACCUUGCAAAUACCGCCAGCCAACUUGAGUCCCAACAGAAGGCGUGGCGCAUUUGUCAGUGAGCCAGCGAUUCUAGUGAAGCGCACAAAUUCAGGCAGCCAAAUCUGGAGUAUGGAGAAGCUAGAGAACAAGUUGAUUGACAUGCGAGAAAUGUACCAGGAGCACAAGGAGCGCAUACUCAAUGGACUGCCCCUUAUUGAGACAUUCUCAGACGAUGAGUUCGACGACAAGGACGAUGACAAUGGCAAGCCACAGGAUCCGUUCUAUGAGUCGCAAGAGAAUCACAAUCUCAUUGGCGUGGCCAACGUUUAUCUGGAGGUGCUGUUCCAUGAUGUCAAGCUGGACUAUCACACGCCCAUUAUUAGCCAACAGGGAGAAGUUGCCGGUCGACUGCAGGUGGAGAUUCAACGCGUUGCCGGCCAAAUGCCACAGGAUCGCAUGUGUGAAUCGGUGUCGGAAACGUCGUCGGCAGAUUCGCGUGAUGAAUACGACGAUCCCGUUGACCCAAUGGCCAAUCAAAUCACCUGUCGUGUCACCAUCAAAUGCGCCUCCGGCUUGCCGCUCUCCUUGUCCAACUUCGUCUUUUGCCAGUACACAUUCUGGGGUCACCAGGAGAUGGUGGUGCCAGUGAUCAAUGCCGAGUCCACAGCGCACGAUCAGAACAUGGUGUUCAAGUUCGAGCAUACCCAAGACUUUACGGUCAACAUCAACGAGGAGUUCCUGGAGCAUUGCAUCGAAGGAGCUCUUUCGAUUGAGGUCUGGGGACAUCGCAGUGCCGGCUUCUCCAAGUCCAAGGGCUGGGAAGUGGAGCAACAGCAGGCUAAGGCUCGUUCCCUGGUCGAUCGCUGGGCGGAAUUGUCACGCAAAAUCGAACUUUGGGUCGAGAUACACGAGCUGAACGACAAUGGCGAGUACUCGCCCGUGGAGGUAACCAAUCGCAACGAGGUGCUCACUGGAGGCAUCUACCAGUUGCGACAGGGACAACAGCGUCGUGUCAAUGUGCGUGUCAAACCAGUGCAGAACUCUGGCACAUUGCCCAUCAUUUGCCAGUCCAUCGUCAAUGUGGCCAUUGGCAGCGUGACAGUUCGUUCGCGGUUGCAGCGUCCAUUGGACUCUUAUCAGGAGGAGGAUCUGACAGUGUUGCGCGAGAAGUGGAGCGAGGCGCUGGGUCGUCGUCGCCAGUAUUUGGAUCAACAGAUACAGAUGCUGAUCAAAAAAGAGGAGAAGAAUGAACAGGAACGCGAACGUGAGCUGAGUCUUGUGCAUCAAUGGGUAUCGCUGACCGAGGAACGCAAUGCUGUGCUGGUGCCGGCACCAGGAUCGGGUAUUCCGGGCGCACCUGCUUCAUGGGAGCCGCCGUCUGGCAUGGAGCCCCAUGUACCUGUGCUGUUUCUCAAUCUAAAUGGUGAUGAUCUCUCCGCACAGAAUACCAACGAUGAGUUGUCUAUUUCGGGCAUCAAUUCGAUUCUCUCCAAGGAACAUGGCCACAAAUUCUACACGCUGCAAAUUCUACAGCAUCUGGACAAAGACGUGUGCUGCGUGGCCAGCUGGGACUCGUCCAUGCACGACAGCCAGGCGCUGAAUCGCGUGACCGAGGCAAAUGAACGCAUCUAUCUGAUAUUGCGCACCACGGUGCGUUUAUCGCAUCCUGCACCCAUGGAUCUUGUGCUUCGCAAGCGUCUCAGCAUCAACAUCAAGAAGGGACAAACAUUGACAGAUCGUCUAAAGAAAUUCCGGUUGGUGCGCGGCGAGAAUGCGAUUUGGCAGAGUGGCGUUACCUACGAGGUGGUCUCAAACAUUCCCAAGGCUUCGGAGGAGCUGGAGGAUCGCGAAUCGCUGGCCCAACUGGCUGCCAGUGGCGAUGAUUGCUCGGCUUGCGAUGGCGAAACAUACAUAGAGAAAUAUACUCGCGGCGUCUCGGCGGUGGAAAGCAUAUUGAUCUUGGAUCGUCUGCGUCAGAAUGUCGCUGUCAAGGAGCUGGAGACGGCUCACGGACAGCCGCUGUCGAUGCGCAAGACAGUCUCAGUGCCGAACUUCUCACAGGCGGUCAAAGACACCACCACGACCGGGAGUAUUAUGCGCUUCGAUGCCUCGAUGGAGUCGCUGCUGAAUGUGGGUCGCUCCGAGUCCUUUGCGGAUCUGAACAACACGGCGCUGGGCAACAAGUUUACGCCAGCACACAGCGGAGCAGGACCAGGAGCAGGAGGUGUCAUACGUAAUCGUCACAGCUUUGGUGGAAAGGGAAGCACCGACGACUCACCGGGCAAGGCCUUUGGCAUUGGCUCUAUACUGUCAGCGCGCCCAACAUUUUUGAAUCUCAAUUUGAACUUGAACACAUUGAGAAUUGCGCCAACAAAACCUUCUCCGGCCACGAGCAAACUGCUUGGCAUGCGCAUGACAACGUUGCACGAAGAGCCAUUGGGUGGACAUCGAUCGUUGGAUGAGGAGCCCGAAGACAGCUACAGUGAUUCGGAAUAUGCUGCUGAAUAUGAGCAGGAACGGCAGCAGAACAGAGGCUUGGCCACACGCUCCCGUCUGACCGCAUCCAAGACCAUGGACUCUUUCAUGGACGUUAGCAGUCAUUCGAAUCAAAGCUACUUGAGUUACACAUCCAGCGCCAAUGCGAACAUGAAGCACCUGACUGGACUGGCCACGCUCAGCAUGAGCUCGUCCACCAGCAGCGGUUACGGCUCCCAGGCAGUGUCCUGCAACAAUCUGAGCAAUGAGGACAUCACUUCUAUGCGUUCCAUGAGCAUUGACGAGACUCCAGAUUUCGAUCGCAUCAACUCAAAUUCACCGCCAAAUCGCCAGGCGCGUGUAAAUCCCUUCCUUAAAGACAUGCCAAAGGCCAAAACGCUUGAAGCAGAGUCAAAGAAACUACAGCAGACCCUGACACAUCCAUUGGAGCAGUCAGAGUCCAAGGAGAAUGCACAAAGCGAUGAUGAAUGCGAACAAUUGCAGCGCAACAAUAACAACAAUGUGAAUGCCAAGUUGCCAGUGACAGAAUUGCCCCAGGAGUCGGGGCAAGAACAGCAGCCCCAACCACAGCAACAAGAGGAGGAGGAGGAGGAGCAACAGCCGCUGACUCAUGCGACGGAGCACGUCACGGACAAUCAAAAUGGCAAUAAAUCGAUUGAGAUGGAUAAUUCGCUUGACACUUCCGAGAUAAUCGAGUCAGCUGAGCAACAGCUUGAGGGCGAUGGCAUUGUGAGGGAGCAGUUGCCCGAGGGCAAAGUGAUGCGACGCAAAAAGUCAACAACGCAAACACCGAACAAUUGCGAUAGCAGCAACAACAACAAUGGCAAUGGCAACGGCAACGGGAAUGUCAACAAUACGAAUCAUGUGACACGCAACAAUCAGCGCGCAUCGGUGGCCAAAAUGGAGGGGCUGGGCGCUUAUCUGGAUGUCAACACCAGUGUCAUGUCGAGCAGCACAGAAGUGGAAGAUGAAAGCAAGGAGCUGGACGUGUCCCUGCCCGAGUGGAUUGUCGUAGGCGAGUCAGUGCUUAUACGUCCGUAUAAUACUAGCGGCGUUGUUAGCUUUGUUGGCACCACCCACUUUCAGCCCGGUGCCUGGAUAGGCGUUGAGCUGGACACGCCCACGGGCAAGAACGACGGUUCCGUGCAGGGCAUACAAUAUUUCCAGUGCAAGCCCAAGCAUGGCAUCUUUGUGCGUGCCGACAAACUGCUGUUGGAUAAGCGUGGCCGGGCGAUGCGCGCUUACAAGGCGGCUGAGAAGAGCAACAGCAUCAGCAAAGAGAUGAGCAGCUCGAUGACACGCUCAAAGAGCCGUGGCGAAUCGCUAAAUGUUUCGGCGCGCAAAUGAUUAUAUCCAAAAUGUUCGCAUCAAAUGCAGCGUUGGACUAAUUGCAGGCAAUCGACGCUCGUUAGCAAUGUUGGAGUUGGAAUGAAUGCAAGUGCAACUGCAAAUGCAACAACGACUCCAUCGACCUGCCACAGAUUGCGUGCAACCAGUGGCGCUGCGGAUGCGAACACUCAUGGCAAAAAAUGCUAUGCCAAUCGACGCUCGACGGCCUUCUAAGGUCGCCGCAACCGCCAACGAUGCACAUCGUCCAGCAACGAACAAUGCGGAGCAUUAACCAAUCACACGCUAGCUUAACUUAUUCACUUACUCUCACCCACACACCGCAAGCCUCCGCACACCCGCUCACAGACACCACACAACACAUUCUGCUUCAAAAUGUCGUCGUUGUUGUUGUCCGACGGUGUCUAAAGCAGCUAGACAAAAAAAUGAACAGAACAACUAACCAACUAGUAAUUAACUAAAUGCUCCCCUUGCGUCUACCGCUCUUAAUGGAUAGUGAAGCUAAGUGCGAGCGUUUGCGCAGUUGCAUCAAUCAAGUGCAAUACCACGAACACUUUCAAUACACACUUAGCAGCAGUAGAAACUAAACUAAUUAAUCAAAUCGUUUAAAUCGAGUAUGUACUAUGUAUGAAUGUGCGUGUAUGUUUGUGUAUGUUUCCUAAUCGUUUGUGUAUUAUUCUUAAUUCAAUUGGUUGAGUUCGAGUAGUUAAUUAUGAUGUUUGCCGAUGUUUGCUUUUUGAUAAAGCACAAUUGAUGAUUAUAUUUUUGUACCGAUUAAUUAAUUGCCCCUAGUUUAAUUAAUUCAAUUGUUUUUUGGUAUAUACGAGACUACUUUACUUUAAUAAUUACCACUUAUUAUUAUCAAUGUAUAUCAAUGUGACUUGGUUUAUCAACUACAUAUAUGAGCUUAUUUUUAUUAUUGUUAUGGACUAUAUCAAAUAUAUGAAAUCAGUUGUAUAUAAAUAUAUUUAUGCAAUAAGUUUUACGAGACAUGCAAUAUUUUUUCAAAUAUAUCUCCCAUUCUGUUUAGCGCAUUUAUACGUAUCUAUAAUGAAUAUGAAUAUGUAUUUCAAUUACAAACGAUACAAACCAAUACAAUAUUAGUAUAUUC